UCCACCUGCUCUCCACUUAGCUUAGCCUAACCAUGGCUGGCUUUAAUUUUCUCAAUCCUUACCACUCCAUCGGAAAACCCUCCAAACCCUUGACCGCCACCACCACAUUUUCCUUCAAAAAAACCUACUCCUUAGCCUUCGUUCUCUUCCUCUGCCUCCUCUCUUACCUCUUCGGCGUCUGGCAACACGAUGGCUGGAGCACCGGCCUUGCCUUGUCGACAACCACCUCCACCACCACUUGCAAAACAAUAACCGAGGGACUAUCAUCCUCAAAACCCCUAGAUUACGAGUCCCACCACACGGCCAGCUCCGACAAGGCAGCCCCACAUGAGGUAGUCGAAACCUACCCUCUGUGCCACGUCAAGUACGGUGAGUACACACCGUGUGAGGAUCCAAAAAGAUCGCUGAAGUUUAAACGGGACAGGUUGAUAUACAGAGAGAGGCACUGCCCGAAGAAGGAGGAGUUGCUCAAGUGUCGAAUACCCGCACCGUACGGGUACAAGAACCCGUUCUCGUGGCCGCGGAGCCGGGAUCUGGCGUGGUUCGCCAACGUGCCACACAAGGAGCUGACAGUGGAAAAAGCAGUGCAAAAUUGGAUUAGGUACGAAGGGGACAAGUUCAGAUUCCCAGGAGGCGGGACCAUGUUUCCAAAUGGUGCAGAUGCGUACAUUGACGACAUCGGAGAGCUAAUAAAUCUCAGAGAUGGAUCCAUUCGUACGGCGCUAGAUACGGGCUGUGGAGUAAGGAUUCUUCUUCACCUACAUCUACUUACGAGUAAUUAAUCUAUUAUUUAAGUUUAGAAAUCCUAAUUGUUCAGAAAUUUAUUAAUUAAGGGUGGUUUAGAUU